UAACGUCACAAACGGCGCGCCCUCUUUAUUUAUAUCAACAAUAACAAAGAAAUCAGACGAUGAAGGAAUCGUAAAAGACUUUAAUAUUUUGAAGAACGUGUGCCACAGUAGAAGUUGAAAGGGAAUAAAUCGGAUUGCUUAAAUCAGAGCGUAAAAUGCCGUUCUUGACCAAAAGUGGAAAAGGUCGGCCCAGGAAGACUGGCGCAAAAAACGCGGCUUCGAAGGUCAAGAAGCCGGAAACCAGCAAAGCAGUCGAGGAGGAACAAGAAAAAGAACCUAGAGCAGGUCCGUCGAAGGCCACAGGGGACAAGAAAACUAGACAAACCCAAAGAAAAAGACCUGAAGAGGAGUUGACUGGAACGUCAAAGAAAACCGCAGCAGGGAAGGCGAGAAAAGUCAUUGCCAAAAGGAAGGACGCGGUUCCUGACGAGGAGCAGAAACGAAAGAAAGAGGAGGAGGAUAAGGCCUGGCUGACCAGUCAAAUUAAGAAAGAGAGGUUGCUGAUUGAAAAGCUGAAAGACACCAUCGAGAUCAAGAAGUUUGAAUUGGUUCAACACGGGCCCAAGCCCGAAUUGUACACAAUUAGAGACGUUAUGGACAAUUUGCUUCCUGACUACUCUCACAUCAAUGGUUUCAAGAGCCAUGAGGACAGCAUGGCCCUUUUGACGGAAGAAAUGAAUUUGGCGUCUCAGGUGGCCGGAGUGGAGCUUGUCGAGCUGGAAAAUGAGAGCAACACUGAGACUGGCAAGCAGUCGUACGUGGCCAAAUUUCGGUUGCUUGCCGAGGAGGACGUCGAAAGCCUCGAAUUCGCCAUGACAUUCACUUCGGCUCUUAACACUCAGAGUUUUGACGACUUUGAGGUGGUAAAGUUAGAGCUGCUGAAUGGUGAUGUGUCCGAGGCCGUGCAGGAUUGCUUCGAAUUCUGCUUGAAAAACAAAGAUUUAGCUCUGGCGGUGGGAUUUCUGAAGCAAUACCAAAAGGCAGAAGAUGAAAGACUCAAUGCCAGUCUUGACAUAAAAAAUCGCUUUCAAGACUUUGUUCAGGUGAAAAUUCGGAAGAAUGUCAACAUUAUCACACUGAUUGUCGGAGGAGAUGGAAAAGACUUUUUAGUGAAGGUGUUGUGGGGGUUCCAAUUUGUGAGAAAAGAGUUCAGAUUCAACAUUGAAGUUGUCUACGGAGACAAGCGGACGGAGAUCCUGGUUCAGAAAGAAUGUGGCGAUUUGGUGGACCAAUUGGAGACAGCCAGGAAGUACUCUGAGCCCUUUGAGAACACUCUUGUUCAAUUUAUCAAGCAACUGAAAAACCUGAAGAGACGCAAUUCAGCAGUUGUGUGAUGCGAAUGUGUCUGUUAAUUUGACAUUAAGUGAAAUGAUAAAACCACGCCUACACAGACAGAAAUGGAAUGAGGUGAGAAGAAUAAGUGAUAAACUGAAAAGUGAAUGGUAAAAAAUCGAGUGUAAGAGACAAUCAUCUCUGUAUAUUCUUAUCAAACAAAAAAUUAAAUUAUUCAUCAUUAAUGAGCACAAUUUUGUGAU